AAUUAGUCCAGUGGAUCGAUAGAGGGAGUAAAAGAACAGAAAGAGAGAGGAGAAAAAUUUUGAGACUGACUGACUAUGUGCAUGCCAGCUGGGGAAAGGAGGGGUGGUUGCCUCUGACUGCUCCACCCUCACUUUGUGUCAGCAGGUAGAGAGAGUGAUUGCAGUCCCAGGGGAGGGAGUCCGAGAGCUAGUACAAACCACAGGCUUCCUCUAGGGAUUUUAUCCAGAAUUGCUUUUCUGGAAGGGAAGCCCUCGAUUCCUACCGAACUUUCCAAAUCCACUCCAUGAUUCAGAUUUACUGCUCCUCUGGGAUUUUUUUUUUUUUUUUUUUUUUGCAUUUGAUACUGUUAUCAGCCUGCUCUGGGUGAAUUUUUGUUGGUGUGUUUUACUACUCUGCCUUCUUCCUCUCAAGAUUUUUUGCUCUUCAGGGAAAAAAGAGGGACUUUUAUCUGGAAAAGAAUUUUCAGAAAUGAUUUUGGAUUGUCUUAAGUGCUUUAGAGUUCCUGGGGACUUUAGAUUUCAGCCUGGAGUAAGUUUUUUUCUUUGAUCUGGUUGGGAUUAUUUUUCCAGGCUGUGGAAUUUCACUCGUAUUUUACCUGCUUAGUGCUGGGCUCUCUGCAGUUUGGUUGUAGAGUAACAAGGUGGAAGAAUAAGCUGUACUUGGUUAAACUGUUGAAACAUUUUUUGUGAACAGGAUCUAUAAAAACAUAAUUGCAUUUGUUUCACCUCUGUGGAUUCCUGUGGGCCCGACAGCGCAACAGGUUUGCAGAUUUCUUUUAAAAUUACUCUUUUUCUCUGCCUUAUCAAAAGGCUUUAUUUUUAACAGUUUCAUGUUUGAUUGCUGAUUUAUUUGGCUCUCCAAAAUUUAUGGAAACUUUUGAGUUUUUUAACUUGACCUCCAAAUACAGUAGAUGUGUCUGGGAGGUGAAUUUUUAUUUAUUUGGGGGUAUAUCAUUUUUAUUUUUAUUUAUAUUUAUGUGAAGCAAGUGUUUGAAUUUUCAAAAGUUCAUAGUUCUAGCAUAUAUAAAUCACUUAUCAUUCAGGCCCAUUUUUGCUUUUCCUGGGUGUUCUGCUGAAAACCUGUGACUAACUUCCCUACUCCUUCCUUUCUCCUUCUUUCCCUCUCUCUUUCCCUCCUCCCCAAGGAAUUUGAAAACGUGUUGGGAAUAGCCUUUUGUUUCUCUGAUGAAUUUAGGGAAUUAUAGAUCACAAGAUCAGCAUUUUAAAAUAAUUUCCAAAAAAAGUAUCUCGGUUACAUGAUAAAGUGUGCUAGGAGUUUCAUUUGAAAAAUGAAGCUCAGUUCCCCAAGACAGUGAGAAUAACUGGGAUUUGUGGAUUUGAAUUUGAGAAUAAAAUAAAACUAAUCAUUUCAAAUGCAUGUCCAGUUUUCAAAGUUGUUUAAUCAGUGUUAUUCUAAAAAAGGUGACUUCACUUAAGAUGACCAUUGAAUUAUAAUGACAGAUUUUAGUACAGAACAAAAAAGAAUAAGAUGUCAAAGUUUCUUAAGAAAUAUACAAGUUUAGUGGGAUUAAAAAUAUAGAUAUCCUGGAUAUUAAUAGAGAAACAUUCUAGUAAAUAUUCAUUGUAGCAUCGUUUGGCAUCCCUGAGUGGAACCUGAAGAUUUAUUUUGUAUUUCUGUAUUCCAACACCUUAACCUCCUUUUUCUUGAACUUUUUUUGUGGAAAUUUUAUGCUUGGAAAGAGUCGUCCCUAAACUGGAUUCCUUGCUGCAUGUCACUUGCUACAUGCGUUUUGGUGCUGAUUUUUUCUCUUUCUUAGUUUAUGAAACUUUGUUGUAGAUGACUUAGUGCCUGUGGAAGACUAAAAACCAAGUACUGUUGGUUUAAUAAAAUUCAAAAACAAAUAUUUCUUAGAUCCCUACUGUGUAGAAGUUUAUACUAGGCCUGAAUGUUACAAAGACCAAAGGAAAAAAAAAAAACCAAGUCUCUGCCUUCAAGGUUCUUUAAUUCUACUGGUUUGAAAUUCAGUUGUUAAGCAAAGUCGGAAAAUCCCAAGAGAAGUGGUCUCUUUUAUUAGGUAGAAUGAAGAUGGGAGAAAUUGUGACACCUUCAGAAAAAGUGAAUGAUGGCGCCCCAUUCCUCUGUUCCAUCAGGAAUGCCACCUGUUCUUGGGAAUUGAAAGAAAGGAAGGGCUUAAAGGACUUUGUAUUUUUUGAAAUUGCAGUAUAAACUGUUGUUUCCCCUCUUUGCCUGGAGCCAGGAACCUUCUUUAGAUAUUAGCUGGCAGGAUUGGGAAAUACGUUCCUGAUCAGUAUGUGUGGACAAAGUGUUUUGCUGCAGCUGGUAGCAUGAGUGGUGGCCACCAGCUGCAGCUGGCUGCCCUCUGGCCCUGGCUGCUGAUGGCUACCCUGCAGGCAGGCCUUGGACAUACAGGGCUGGUAUUGGCAGCAGCGGUGGAGUCAGAACGAUCUGCAGAGCAGAAAGCUGUUAUCAGAGUGAUUCCUUUGAAAGUGGACCCUACAGGAAGACUGAACCUCACACUGGAAGGAGUCUUUGCUGGUGUUGCUGAGAUUACUCCAGCUGAAGGAAAACUGAUGCAGUCCCAUCCUCUUUACCUAUGCAACGCCAGUGAUGACGACAACCUGGAACCUGGUUUCAUAAGCAUUGUCAAGCUGGAGAGUCCAAGGAGAGCCCCCCGUCCCUGUCUAUCAUUGGCCAGCAAGGCCCGAAUGGCAGGUGAGAGAGGAGCAAGUGCUGUCCUCUUUGACAUCACUGAGGACCGUGCAGCUGCUGAACAGCUGCAGCAGCCUCUGGGACUGAGGUGGCCAGUGGUGUUGAUUUGGGACAAGGAUGCUGAGAAGUUGAUGGAGUUUGUGUAUAAGAAUCAAAAGGCCCAUGUGCGAAUCGAGCUGAAGGAGCCCCCAGCUUGGCCAGAUUAUGACGUGUGGAUACUCCUCACUGUAGUGGGCAUCAUCUUUGUGGUCAUCCUUGCUUCUGUGCUGCGGAUCCGAUGCCGCCCUCGCCAUAGGCCGGAGCCCUUGCAACAACGAAUAGCUUGGGCUAUCAGCCAGUUGGCUACUCGAAGGUACAAGACUAACUGCAGACAACUCCAAUCCCAGUGGUCUGACUCGGGGAGCAGCUGCAGUUCUGCACCCAUCUGUGCAAUCUGCUUAGAAGAGUUUACAGAUGGGCAGGAGCUACGGGUUAUUUCCUGUCACCAUGAAUUCCACCGUACCUGUGUGGACCCUUGGCUACAUCAGCACCAGACCUGCCCACUCUGCAUGUUCAAUAUCAUAGAGGGAGAUCGAUUUUCUCAGUCCUCAAGGCCCUCACGUCCAUACCAAGAACCUGGCAGAAGACUCCAUCUUAUUCGCCAACAUCCUGGUCAUGCCCAUUAUCAUCUCCCUGCUGCAUACUUGCAGGGCAUUUCACAGACUCCAAUAGCCCAAGUACCUCGACCUGGCCCCUUCUUAGCAUCCAUGGAGCACGCUUCUUGGUCUCAUCGCCCACCCAGAACCUUGCGACUUGGACAUGCAUGCACUCAGCCUCGCUCAGCGGCUCCUCCGCAUCCCCAUGCUGCUAGUUGGAGACUGGGCCACCUCAGAGCCUGUUCUGUGCAGCACCCAUCAGCUUGCUCAGCUUCUCCACGAUGGUCAAGGCCACAUGACAGCAGUGGAUCAGGGGAGAGCUAUCAUACAGAGAGAAGUGGCUAUCUGGCAGAUGGACCAGCCAGUGACUCUAGUUCUGGGCCCUGCCAUGGUUCUUCCAGUGACUCAGUGGUCAAUUGCACAGACAUUAGCCUUCAGGGCAUCCAUGGCAGCAGCUCUACCUUCCGAAGUUCCCUUAGUGACUUUGACCCCUUGGUAUACUGUAGCCCUGAGGGUGAAACCCGGGAGGAGGUGCAGCCCACUAUAGGUUAUCGGCCCCGCUCUCUGGACUCAGUGGUGCCAAAAGUAGAUGUCCAGAUGUCCAGUCACAUCCACUACCAUAAGCACCGGCACCAUCAUUACAAAAAACGCUUCCAGUGGCAUGGCAGGAAAGCUAGCCCAGAAAAUGGAUUAUCCCAGCUCAGGCUUGCAGCUUCCCGGACAGAACCUCUAUCAGAGCCACUACCUCUUGUCCAAAAAAUCCCCAAAUCUAUUCCCACAUCCCCAUCUAGGCAGCUCUCUUAUCCAAGGCCUCAGGCCCUCACAGAGUUACACUAUGGCCCUGAAGAAAACUCUGGCCCCAGUCCUGCUCACCUUUCUAACCCUUUAGGAUUACAGAGAUCUGCUGUCUUGACGCGACACCAGCAAAGGAGACGGAGGGGGCUCCCUGAGUCAGUCUCUGUCACCCAACACCAGGAUGUUCCUGUGAUCCCUAACUUGCAAGCCCUACCCCAUCAUGAUUCUAGCUUAACAUACCCCUGGCCUCGAGAAGCCCACCCAUUAAUCCCUGGACCUUUGGGCCUGGAUACAAGGCUGCUAUCAGACGCUUCAGGACCCUGUUAUUCAAGCUCACAGCCUGUGUGGCUGUGCCUCACACAUUGUCACCCACUGAGUCCUUGUCCACCUGAGGAGAGACCCAGUGAAUGGAAUCCUGGUGUCCCGGAUGACAGGCUAUGUCCUUACCCACAUUGCCAGGCGCUAACAGCCCAGCCCGGUCCAGAGGAGGAGAUUGAAGAGCUGUGUGAACAAGCAGUGUGAGAUGGGACAGGCUCCAGCUCAAGGCCUCCAAAAACAAUGUGCCCUGGAUAACUUGGCACCUAGCCCAGCUCCAAAUCCCUGCUUCCCUCCCCCUUGAAGAGAAGAAAGGGACUCAGUGAACACCCUUUCUUUGGCUGUACUGAAACAAGUGUUAGUGGAGGGGAAAAGGAUGAUGGUGUUGCGAGUACUCUUCCAUCUCCCUGGUUUUGUUUCCUACUCUUGGCUCUGAAACGAUGGUUUGAGAUCCACAGCAUAGGCGAGUCACUGCCUAGCAGGACUUCCCAGCUGCUGCUUUGAUGAGCUUGGCUCUUUCAGAUUAAACCUCCAGAAGACAGAUAUGUUGAGGGGUAGCUUCUGGGUUAUUUAUCUACAGCCCACGAAAGACUAGAGAUUCCCCACCUUCAUUCAGAGCCCUAGAAUACACUGUAGUAGUGUGGGUUAGCCAAGUUACAGUUAUGCAUCCAAAUAGACAUCUGACCCUUUACCUUUUUGGCUGUAAACCUUCCCUCCCCCAAUUAAUUUCUGCUCAUUGUUUUUAUUUGAGAAGGGGUAAAAGAGGAAUGAUAGGCUUAUCCAAGGGACAACUGGGAUUGAGAGGAUCCUUAUACACACAUAGUGAAUUAUCCACCUCUUCCUUUAUCUGUGGUAUCCACAAUUAUUAAGUCACUGACUAAGCCCUGGAUUUAACAUCAUGUUCCCUAAAUUAAUCAUUGUCUUUAUGGUGGAUUCAUAGGGUCUUGAGGGGCCUGACAAAGCAGAUCCUCAACCUGACCUUUAUAAUCUUCCACUUCCACCGUUGCAGAAGGGACUCUGGCACUGAUCCUAGGCAAGUCACUAAACCACACUUGCCCUGUUUUGUCAUCUUUAAAAUCUGAGGCAGCAGGCAGGAUUUGUCUUCCAGGAUCCCUAAGGUUCCUUCCACUUAUAAAUCAUUGACUGUACUUGUAAAGGUGUCUCAUGGUAACUAUCUUCUGAAUUUCCUUGCCCAUCCUCUAUUCCUAUAGGUGGUAUAAAAAAUCUGGUAUAGGGAGAAAACAGCCAAUUCAUCAAGUGGACAGUGAUAAAAUAGAGUAAGGGAUGACUCCCAGGGAAGAGAUCAAACUGGAGCAAAACAGAACACAUAGGAUCCAUGAGGCUACACGACAUGAAGGUUCAGCUCUGCAAUGUGAAUCAUAGCACUUGUAGGGAAGGUAUGAAAGGAAGAGUAGAGAUAGUACAGAAAGUUAUGGCUGGGGCACCCUGAGAUAAUUUAAAUCUUGUACCAUUCUCCUCAGGCACUACCCCUUUUUGGAAUGGGAAUGUGGGGGAGGCAGGAAUAACUUUGAAUGGAAGUUAUAUGGCUUUUUAAAUUGAUGGGGAGAAAGAAGCAGCAUCUCAGAACCCACAUGGUUAUUUAUAUCUGAACCAGACACAAAAAGAUGCUUGAAUCAGGCACUAUGUUGAGAAAUGUAUUUAUUUACUAAUAUAUUUAUCCACAUAA